CGAAAGACGUAAGGGACGCUUCCUGAAGUAGAGGGAGAACGAGAAGUAGAAAAUUUUAGAACUCACUUUCAGUUUUCAGUUUCUUCACAGUCAGCAGUAACAACUUUUGUUGACUGGCCAUAUUAUUAUAUUAGUGUUACAGAAAAACACCUAAGGAACAAGAUGGCGGACGAUGAGAGGAAGCGUCUCGAGGAGGAAAAGAAGAAGAAGCAGGCGGAAAUUGAGAGGAAGAGGGCCGAAGUUAGGGCCCGUAUGGAAGAGGCCUCCAAGGCUAAAAAGGCCAAGAAAGGUUUCAUGACCCCUGAGAGAAAGAAGAAACUCCGGCUAUUGUUAAGAAAGAAAGCUGCUGAGGAAUUGAAAAAGGAACAAGAACGUAAAUCGGCGGAACGUAGACGUAUCAUUGAAGAACGCUGUGGAAAGCCCAAACCCGUAGACGAUGCAAAUGAAGCCGAGCUGCAAACGGUAUGUCAAACGUAUUGGCAAAGAAUACAUCAACUCGAAGGAGAUAAAUUUGAUCUCGAAUGGGCUGAAAAGCUAAAAGCUUAUGAGAUCAAUGACUUGAACAGCCAAGUGAACGACCUUAGGGGCAAAUUUAUCAAACCCACUUUAAAGAAGGUCUCCAAAUACGAAAACAAGUUCGCCAAACUUCAAAAGAAGGCGGCGGAAUUCAACUUCCGUAACCAACUUAAAGUUGUCAAAAAGAAAGAAUUCACCCUCGAAGAAGAAGACAAAGAGAAGAAACCAGACUGGUCGAAAAAGGGCGACGAGAAAAAGGAAGAGCCAGAAGCACCGAAACCUCCAGAGCCCUCUGCGGAAGAAGCAACACCUGCUACACCUUCCGAAGCACCACCGCCCGCUGAAACGGCACCACCCACUGACAGUGUACCGCAAGUGAUUGAAACGCCUCCAACAGAAGGUGCACCACCUGCAGUCGAAGGUGCGGAAGGAGCACCACCAGCGGAGGGCGCAACACCUGCUGACAGUGCUCAAGCGCCUGGAGAGGGCGCAGCACCACCUGCCGAAGGAGCGCCGCCUGUUGAAGGAGCGCCACUCGUUGAAGGCGCACCACCAGUUGAAGGCACACCAGCUGUUGAAGGUACACCAGCAGAAGGAACCACGGCAGCUCCACCAGUUGAAGGUGCCGUAUCUGCAGAAGGUACCCCUGCGGAAGGUGCAGCGCCCACUGAAGCUCCACCUGGAGAAGGUGCACCUGCAACUGCAACAGAAGGUGUCGAAACGGCCCCCGCUGCAGCUCCAGAUGCCACACCAGUAGCUGCAACCGAAGCGGCACCCGCACCAGCAGCCGAAGGUGAGGUACCACCCGCUGCGACUGCGUCUACAGAACCAGCCGCUGACCCAGCACCAGUUACUGAAGCGCCCGCGGAACCGGUCGCGACAGAGGUUCCUCAAGCCGAAUCGCCAGCUAUUGUAACAGCAGCAGUAGUUGAAGCCGCUGCGUAAUGC